UUUUAAAAAGUUGUAUAAAAUUAAAUAAGAUCAUAAACAAAACUGGAUACUCAAAUAAGAAUUGAUGAUUAUUACACCAGUUUUUAGAUAUUCGGAUGGAUGGAUCUACUUUCAUCCCUAAGUGUAUUUUUUUUAAUAACUUGGGAUGUUCUUAUCAUGCAAAGUUUGCCCGGUCUGAUUUUUUUAAUUUGAAACAAUUGUACAUAAUUUGCGGUAAUCUUGGAGCUGAUAUAGGUAAUGUGCCUAUCAACUAUUGGGUUCAAAAUUUGAAAAAAAUGUUACAUAGAAAUUAUGUUUAGACAUGGCCUUUUGGAUUUGUUAUUCAUGAAGUUAAACUUAGGUGUGCUGCAUUGCUGAAAUUAACGGACGCCUAGAAGUUUUUUUUUUUCAAUAUUUUCUUCAGAUUUUCAACAAUGGCGUUGACCGUUCGGAAUAUUCCUCUCAUCGCCUCUCGCGUUGUCCACUGGGGACAUUCCUCUUAUCGCCCCUUGCAUUGCUUUCGGUAGUCCAUGGUUUCUGACGAGCUGCGCAAUUAGCAAUCGUAGAUCCUCCCACCAAUCUUAGUCCAUUAAUUAGACCUCUCAAGAUUCGCAACUUCAUGUACCAAAAAAAGAAAGGAUUCGCAACUUCCGUAAUUAAACCCAAAUAUUGAGGUUACUUUACAAAACCACUUCCCUAACCGCAUUCUCCAAAAGACCCUGGAGCAGAUCAGCUAUGCAAUUCCAAACAGCAUUUCCCCCACCACCCAUGUAAUGCUGACACGUACCCUCCUUUUAAUCUUUCCCCAUCCCCCUUCCCCCUUUCCUCCCGCCUCCACCUCUCUCUCCGAUGGCAGCCCAACUCCCCGACAGCACGCGUGUCCACCCAUGUAAUGCUGACACGUGCCCUCCUUUAAUCUUUCCCUCCUCUCCUUCGCCCUUCCCUCCCGCCUCCACCUCUCUCUCCAAUGGCAGCCCAACUCCCCGGACAGCACGCGUGUCCACCCAUGUCAUGCUGACACGUACCCUCCUUCAAAUCUUUCCCUCCGCUCCUCCGCUCCUUCGCCCUUCCCUCCCGCCUCCACCUCUCUCUCCAAUGGCAGACCGACUCCCCGGACAGCACGCGUACCAAAUAAAGAACCUUGCUACCCAUAAAAACAGAAAGAAAUCUUCAUCAAACGUAUAAGGAAAGAAGAGAAAAAUCGCCAAUUUAAUCCUUAAAAAGAAACAGAAAGUCCUACUUGUAAUCUUUUCUCCUCCCCUACUCCAAUCAAAUGGUGGAGAAGCGGCAUGAGAUCCUCCCCCAUGGACGCCCACGCCUCCCUCCCCCACUCCGGCCACGACGAGACGCCCAUCCUUUUGAACGGCGCUGCCGCCGGCUGCCGCCCGGACAUCAUCGUCAAGAUCGACGGCGACGCCGGCAACCAUCCCGUCUCCUUCUCCUCCUCCACCACCACCAUCACAACCAUUACCAACAACAACAAUAGUAGCAGCAAGGUUUGGAGGGAAGCAAGCUACGAUUUUUGGGAGGAUGGAGUCCUCGGAACGAUUGGUGGAAGCCGUUCGGAGUUCAGCUUUGGAAGCCAGAACCAGGACCAGGAGAGCCAUGGAGUGGAGAUCAGCGAUGAUCCACCGUCGACGCUUCUUCCCGGUGGGAAAAGAUCGAAUCUUGACGCUGGUUUCGGCGCGAACGGGCCGAGGGGGCCACCCUUUUCAAACCUGGACUCUGCUUCCAGAGAGCUCCGCCUCUCGGUCGACGAUCCCUCCCCCACCUCCGAUGACGGCGACCGGGACGGUGGCGCGGAGGUCAUCCGGUGCACGUCGAAUGCCUCCUUCCGGCGGCGGAGCUCGACCCUUCUCCGGGCCAAGACUCGGUCGCGGCUGCUGGACCCCGCGCCUCCUCCUCCUCCGCCGGCGGACGACGGCGAGAAGCGCGAUCGGUCUCCGAAUCCGUCGGAGCAGCUCCGUUCUGGGCUCCUCGGCCGGCCGGCCGACGACGAUGACGAGGACCCCUUCUUCGACGAGGACACCCCCGCCGAAGAGAACUUCAAGCGCGGCCGAUUCCAGCGGCGCACCAUCCUCGAGUGGGCGAGCCUUGUUCUCAUCCUCGCCGCCCUCGCCUGCAGCCUCUCCGUCGCCGCCUUCCGGCGGAAGGCCUUCUGGGGCCUCCGCCUCUGGAAGUGGGAGCUCCUCGCCCUCGUCCUCGUCUCCGGCCGCCUCGUCUCCGGUUGGGCCAUCCGCGUCGCUGUCUUCUUCCUCGAACGCAGCUUCCUCCUCCGCAAGCGCGUCCUCUACUUCGUCUACGGCGUUCGGAAGGCCGUCCAGAACUGCAUCUGGCUCGGCCUCGUCCUCCUCGCCUGGAGCCUGCUCUUCGACAACAAGGUCGAACGCGAAACCAAGAGCCCAGCUCUCACCAUUGUCUCCGAAAUCCUGCUCUGUUUCUUAGUAGCAACGCUUAUGUGGCUCGCAAAAACCGUUCUUGUGAAAGCUCUGGCUUCCUCCUUCCAUGUGAGCACCUACUUUGAACGCAUCCAGGAGAACCUCUUCAACCAGUAUGUGAUCCAGACCCUCUCUGGUCCUCCCCAGAUUGAAAUCCAGCACGCCAGGGAGGAGGAGGAGGACUGCUUCUUCACGGAGGUGGAGAAGCUCCAGAGUGCAGGGGCUGCUGUGCCUACCGAGCUCAGAUCAGCUACAAUGCGGAGCAAGAGCUUGCAGAUUGGGAAGAAUGUGGGAUAUUCGAAGACGACCUCGAAGAAGGAGGCUACCGGCCAGAAGAAUGAGGGGAUCACGAUUGACCACCUCCACAAGCUGAACCAGAAGAAUGUGUCAGCUUGGAACAUGAAGAGGCUGAUGAAGAUGGUCAUGUAUGGGAGGUUGAUGUUGCUCGACGAGCAGAUGCCAAAUGCUGGUGCAGAGGAUGAGUCAACGACAGAGAUACAGAGCGAAUUCGAGGCCAAGGCUGCUGCCAAGAAGAUCUUCAGCAAUGUGGCCAAGCCUGGUGCUCAGUACAUCUACUUGGUAGAUCUGAUGCGUUUCAUGAAGAUAGAUGAAGCUCUGAAAACUAUGAACCUGAUUGAAAGUGAUCAAGUAAGCAACAGAGUCAGUAAGAAGUCUCUCAAGAAUUGGGUGAUUCAUGCUUUCAGAGAACGUAGAGCUCUAUCUUUCACAUUAAAUGAUACCAAAACAGCGGUGAACAAGCUCCACCUAAUGGCAAACAUAGUAGUAGUUGUUAUUGUGGGCUGUAUAUGGCUUCUCAUUCUAGGCUUUGCGCCAACCCAGUUUUUUGUUUUCAUUAGCUCUCAGCUGCUUCUGGUAACUUUUGUUUUUGGAAACACAUUGAAGACAGUCUUUGAAGCCAUUAUUUUCUUAUUCGUGACUCACCCUUUUGAUGUUGGCGAUCGCUGUGAAGUGGAAGGACUACAGAUGGUUGUUGAAGAGAUGAAUAUCUUGACAACAGUUUUUCUAAGGUAUGAUAACCAGAAGAUUAUAUAUCCGAACAGUGUGCUUGCUACCGUACCUAUUGGAAACAUCUAUAGAAGUCCAGAUAUGGGAGAUUCAAUUGAUUUCUGCAUUCAUGUUGCAACUCCAGUGGAAAAGCUUGCUGUCAUGAAAGAAAGAAUAAAGGAGUUUAUUGAGAGAAAGAAGGACCAUUGGCAUCCUAAUCCUACAGUCAUGCUCAGAGAUAUAGACGACAUGAACAGGUUGAAGGUAUCAAUCUGGUUGCAGCACAGAAUGAAUUAUCAACAAAUGGGAGAGAGAUGGAAGAGGAGAGAGCUCGUGGUCCAGGAGAUGAUUAGACUAUUAAGGGAACUUGACAUUGAGUACCGGAUGUUGCCACUUGAUGUUAAUGUCCGUCGCAUGCCUAAUGCAUCCUCGAUGCAGUUACCAUCUACUUGGACAACAUGCAGCUAAUUGGAUAAACUCAGUUCUCAGUUCAAGGUAUGGUGUGAUUGAUGAUAAAUUAGGCUGAGCUUAUAUGAACAUAUACCAUGAGGGAGCUUUUGGUUGCUUUCAUGGUGGAAAUUUUGUCCAUUCCAAUCUUUCCAUUUUGUA